GUUUUGGUCUUUGUCUGCCCAUCCUCUCUGUCGUUCCGUCAUCUUCGCCGAUCCCAUCGUCCAUCGGCCAUCGCUGUCGCCCAUCGCUGUCGUCCAUCGCUGUCGUCCAUCGCCGCCGCGGCCGACCGUUGCCACCAGCAGAUCCUCUGCCAAUCCCAUCGCCCUGUCGCUCCCGCCUUGUCUCUGCUUCCAUCGGCGCCUCCCCUGCCCUUGUGCAUCAUGGUCCAGUUCUUCAAGCAAGAGUUGAGCUUCGAUCAUUCGUGGUCCCAGGUCACCCUCGCCAUCUUCCGGAAAUACCCCAAUCCCUUUGCCUCACACGUUCUCGCUUCCGAUGUCAUUGACCGAGUCGUCGAUCCUGCAACUGGCGUCAUCUACACGACCCGUCUGUUUCUGAAGAAGGGCCUUCUGCCCAAGUGGGGCCGCAGCCUUUUCAAGGUCUCCGAUGCCUUCAUCAUCGAGCACUCGACCGUGGAUCCCCGCACCCAGACCAUGACCACCGUCACCAAGAACCUGUCCCACACCAAACUCAUGCUGGUGGAAGAAACCCAAGUUAUCCGUCCACAUCCCGAAACGGCAAACGCCACAACCAUCAGCUCCAGUGCCCGCAUCGUCUCCAACACUGGCUGGGACUCUCUCAAGACCAGGAUCGAGGGCUUUGGCGUCAGCAAGUUCAAGGAUAACACGCUAAAGAGCGCCCGUGGUUUGCGCCACGUCCUGGAGCAGCUCACCAACGCCUCGUUCUCGCAGUAGCGGUGCCACUGCAUCGUUUUUGUGCCC